CGAGCACUGAGCUGAUCACGCAGUGGAAGCGAAGCUCAUCAACCCGACCCAGGCAUCUGCGAUGCGUACUCCUGGUCGAAGCUGCCAUCGCCACCUUGAUUCUGCAUUUGAUACUAAAUCCUAGCACGGAUAUCGGUAUCUUAGCAAAUCAAUGCCUUUUAUUCUUGAUCUAUCUCCCAUCUUUGCUCUCCACCAGGCUGCGCAUCCCAUGUCACCUGUGGCUCCCUGCACUUGAACCAUAGAUCAAAGCAUGCGCCGAAACUCAUGUGUCUCCUCUGUUGACCAUGGCAGUGUCCCCUGAGGUGAAGAAAGAGCUUGAGCUCAUCGAGAACGCUGAGUGGCGUAUUCUCUCAGCAUCCUCCGAUGAAGAAAAACUGCAGCGGCUGUUGAACGUUUAUCUUGCCCCUAUCCUUGUCAAAGCCGCGAGCGAACAUGUCUCGGUGCGGAACAAGGUUAUAUCAACAUGCCAGACCAUAAGCAAGCUCAUCAAGUCCCCGGGCAUCGUUCUUCCCGUUGCCGCUCUCCUUGACCAGUUCAAAACCACUCAGUCUCCACUCGUCAGGCAUUUCGACAUUCUCUACAUGCAGCAUAGCGUCGGCAAGCUAGAUGCAGCCGAGCAGCGUAGCCUUGUACCGAAAGCCCUGUGCGCUAUCAGCAAUACGCCGGCCGUCUCCGCCAGCCAGUUCUUCAACAUCGUCUUGCGCAUGCUCCCUGCCCUCAGGAUCCCUCAGCGUGGAAGCAAAGAAGAUGCUUCGUUUCGAGAAGAACUCGGACUGGCAGACCCAGAGGACGCAAGAUUUGUCGCCGAGUGGCUUGGCAAAUUGCUGCUUCUACGGACAAACUCGGCCGGCUUCGCUCAGUCUCCAGGUCUGACAGAUGCUGAUAUCACCUUUCUCACACUUGGCAAGCCGGAGACCUGGGAUCCAUCUGCUGGGGGGCUUAUCCUUCCGGAAACACGGAUACAGAUAGCCAACCUCUUGGCUAGUGGAGCUUUUACCGACGAAGAGAGGUUCAUUCCCGCCAUUUAUGCCGCGUCCAGCCCUGACUACCGGAUCUCAGGUGUUGGGGACGACCUACUAAAAAGGAGUUCGGUAUCACUUGAGGACGCGAGACUGGUUCAGACGCUGUUUGAAGCGCACUCGAAGCUGCCUGCGCCCUAUCGGAUUCGCAUUUUGGGAAUUCUGAGCAAGUCCGAGAUAGCGACGACGUUCACCGACGCCGUCCUCGACGCAUUUCGACUGAACGUCGUCAGCCAAGCUGACGCAACUGAUGCAAUGCAGAUUGAUGGCCAGCCUGCGGCCCCCAAGUCGUCUGGUCUUGAGCUCAACAAGCUACACCGGGCGUUGUUUGAGUUCGUUAACUGGGUCGCCCGGAUUGGGCCCAGCAAGACCGACUACAACAAGAUAGGGACGCCCUUGGUCGAGUUGCUCAAGGAUUUCGUCCAGGGUCAGGGCUGGCCAAAGCCUCGGCGCCAGUCUCUUGACGAUAGCACACUCCGGUCAAAGGCCUACGAGACAAUCGGUAUUCUGGCCAAGGGGACAUCCAUGACAUAUAACGACAGACUCUCCUUAGCGGGAUGGCUCUUUCGAUCUCUCUCAGAAGACCCUACCCCUGACGUUGUUGUCAACAUUGACGGGGCACUGUCCAGUCUGACCAGCCUGUUCAAGCCUCCCCAUCGUUUCGAGAUUAGCACUCAGCUGCAAUCGAUUCUCCUGACGUACAUGACACUAAGCGAGCACGAUGGAGAGGCGGUGAGAAGCACCCGGCACGCUGUCGCCAAGUGGGCGAAUCAAUGUCUCCCGUUUUCCGAUGUCCACGCCCGCUGGAUUGAUAUUCUAGCGAUUGCAGGCCGCCCAGGCGAGCGCAACGACGUUGUCGAGGAGGGCCAGAAGGGUCUGGACCCGUGGACAUAUUAUGCCAACGAUACCGAUACCGACACGCGAACCCUCCCAGACUGGCAGGAGAUGGUCCAUGUCUUCUUCAGGGAGCCCAUCAUACCACUCAAUGCUUCUCGGGAUUCGAAGAUGGAGAUUGACGAUCGAGGCAUCUUUGCCAACUUUCCGGCCGAGUCGCUCCAAGCCUUACCAGUUGCCAUUGACUAUUGCAGGCGCAUUCUCUUCCUCACCGCCAUCCCAGACUUCAAGAUCAAGCCAGGUUGGGAACAGCAGUUGACCUCACUAGUGCAAUCUGACGUUCAGAGCCGGCAGACUAUCCGAGGCUACCUGUCUUCCUUCACCCAUAGAGAACAAGCCCUGUCUCACUUGCUUCUUGCCGCUUUCGAGGGAAUGACUCGGGCUGAUCCCGCCAUUGCAGAGCCAUGUGCUCAGUCCUUUGUGGAUAUUGCAUCACUAGCGCCAAAAGUGGUACUGGAGCAGCUUGCGAGUCGCCACGGGGAACUGCUGUCCCUGGUCAUGUCGAAUAAAAAGGAACUCAGAGCUCUGGGAUCCAAGGCAUUCGGGAUCCUCGCAGCUCACCCUUGCAAUUCUGCAAUGGCAGUCACCGCCGCCAAGGAAAAGUUGGUAGGAGCUACGAAGAACUUUGCAAAGGCAGUGGGGUCCGAACUCAAUGCAGCCGAAGGCGCGUUCGUUGCUCUCGCUCACCUUGCCUCCCGGUGCAUAUACUAUUCUUCACCGUCAAGCUCGGACGUCAUUGCCGAUGCAAGUCAGAUCUUCCCGACUCUGGAUUCUGCCUCACAAGGCACGAUUUCGAUUCAGGAGGCACUCUUUGGAGCAUAUUCUCAACUGUGGACAGCGGCCAUUCGGACGAUUCCGGAAACCGAAGUCAAUGGAAACAUCACUGCCUUCCUUUCACGAGCAUUUAUAGAGCCCUUGGCUGUUCAUGUCAAGAAGGGUAACGAGAGAGCGAUCACGGCACUUGGAAGACUGGCCAUAUCACUUCAGGCAACGGAUACAGGGGAUACCGCCGCCGCAGAUGAUGCCUUAGACCUGAUCUUGGACAAGCUAUACUCUCUAUACGAGAUCAAGCAGCCAGAGGUUCACUUUUCUGUCGGGGAAGCUAUCACAGCAUCAGUUGCCUGCUGGGAGGCCGAGGUUGUCCAGCUUACCAUUGAUGUACAGACGGAGAUGGGUCCUUGCCGCGUGCCAAGGCGGUCAGCACGCGUCACUGCGGUCUUGGACAAAUUGCUGCUUGACUGCAAGACCACUAAGCCGUCGUUGCUCAAAGCGUCCGGAAUCUGGCUAUUUUGCCUCAUCCAGCACUGUUCCCACUUGCAAGAAGUCCAGUCGAGACUGAGGGAAUGCCAAGUUGCUUUUAUGCGCCUCCUCAGCGCAAGAGACGAGCUUGUCCAGGAGACUGCUUCCCGUGGUCUUGCACUGGUGUACGAAAAGGGUGAUUCGGAGCUAAAGAGCGAGCUCGUCCGCGAUCUUGUGGCAGCUUUCACAGGUUCUGGGCCACAACUGAAGGUCGAUCAAGAGACCGAACUCUUCGAUGCCGGUGCUUUACCCACCGGCGAGGGCAAGUCCAUCACGUCUUACAAAGAUAUUGUAAACUUGGCAAACGAAGUUGGCGACCCAAGCCUGGUUUACAAGUUUAUGUCGCUUGCUACCAACGCCGUAACAUGGUCUACUCGGUCUGCGUUCGGGAGGUUUGGGCUCAGCAAUAUUCUGUCAGAGUCCGAGGUCGACCCUAAACUGUAUCCCAAGCUGUAUCGUUACCGGUUCGACCCGAAUACGAAUGUCCAACGUUCCAUGAACGACAUCUGGAAGGCGCUGGUAAAGGACUCUAACAAAGUUCUCGAAACGCAUUUCGAUGCCAUCAUGAACGACCUGCUGAAGAGUAUCCUCGGGAAAGAGUGGCGUGUUCGCGAGGCAAGCUGUGCUGCCAUAUCCGACCUGAUUUCGGGUCGACCGUUCCCUACCUAUGAGCGUUACUACAAGGAUAUCUGGGCUGCCGCCCUGAAAGUGCUUGACGAUGUCAAAGCGACAGUUCGAAACGCGGCACUCCACCUUUGUAUCUCACUUUCAACGACACUCGUCCGCCAGCUGGAGGAAUCCGGCUCUACCACUACAGCCAAAGCCAUGAUGAACGAAGCACUACCCUUUUUACUCUCGGACAAGGGCAUAGAGAGCGGUGUCCAAGACGUCAAGGUAUUUGCAACCAUUACAGUGAUGAAGAUCGCCAAAAGCGGCGGCGAAUCCCUCAAACCUUACAUCCCUAGCCUGAUUCCCCAUCUUCUCGGCCUCCUGAGCACCAUCGAGCCCGAAGCCAUCAACUACCACUACCAGCGGGCCGGCGAAGACAACCGCGAGAAGAUUGACAAGCUCCGCAGCGCAAUGGUCUCUCAAAGCCCCAUCGCCGAAGCAAUCGAAGACUGCCUUCGCAACGUUGACCAGGCCGUCAUGAAAGAGCUCGCCCCCAGACUCCAGGACUCGAUCAAGUCCGCCCUGGGGAUGCCCACCAAAAUUGGAUGCGCUCGCGUCCUGUCAACUCUCGCGAUCCGUCACGCGCCUGAUGUGACGCCUUACUCAACCAGCUUCCUCACCCUCCUCGAGAAACACGCCCUGGACCGCAACAACGAAGCCAGCCUCGCCUACGCGCGCGCAGCCGCCUAUCUCAUCCGGACCGCCCCGAACGAGGACGCAAAGUUACAAUUUGCCAACCGCUUUGUGACCUUGUAUCUCACAGCCGAGGACGAAGUCCGCCGGCAAAAGGUUGCCGAUGCCGUCCUCGCCCUGUCCAAGCUCUCGCCCGAUCACUUCGCCGCGCUCGAGACCCAGCUACUGCCCUUCGCCUUCCUCGCGCUCCAGGACGAAGAUGACUACGUGCGCACCGCGCUCUCCGAGGUGUGGGACAAGCACGCCGGCAGCACGGCUCUCACUGUGCUCCGGUACCUGCCCGAAAUCAUCCAUCUCGCCGACCGCUGCCUGAACACGCCGCAGUGGGCCCUCAAGCACGCCGGCGCGCUGGCUGCUGGUGCUGCCGUUGCUGCCGUCGCGGGCGCCGCGGACCUGUCGGGAAAUGUAAGCGGGGAGAACCUGCGGGUUGUCUGGCCCGUCUACGACAGGGCGCUGGCGCUCAAGACGUUUGAGGGCAAAGAGCAGCUGCUGGAGCCGCUGCCCGCGUUCGUCAAGGCCACCAGGGCGCUGUGGCAGGCGGACGCCGGGCUCGCCGAGCAACUGCGCAAGGUGGCCCUGCGCGAGGCGAGGCGGAACAAUGACGCGUACCGACCGCACGCGUUCCGGUGUCUCUGGCGGGUUGCGAAAGAGAGGGAUGACCUGGACCUGCUGGGGGAUAUUGCGGAGAUUGUAACUCCCUUUUUGGCUGUCGAGGGAGACGGUGAUGACAAAAUGGACGUUGAUCGCCCUGCGGGGGGUAAGGGCCGUAGUGCAGGGCUAGAUCUCGAGACCAGGACCAGAUGGGCUGCCACGGAGGCUUUGACCAAGGGGUACAACCGGGUUCAGAUGGCGAAGACUCCGGUGGACGUCUUGAGGCGGGUUGCGCUGGCCCUGGAAUCGCCUGCUGAUGGUGGUGGUGCGGACAAAGCGCUGGGUGUCCGGUUACCAUACAUCAUGCGGGCUGAGUUUGCGAUCAUCAGGCGGGCGUACUGGUACGAUUGCGUGCGGGAGGUUCUGAGUGACGCGGUUCGAGAGACAGACGCCACCGACGAUGAGGAGCGUGCUCCUGAUAAUGCCCGGGAGGUCGUCGGGUGGUUCCUGUCUACCCUGGACCUGGGCGCGGAAGAAGCUGGAACGGAGGACCAACGUCUUGCCAGAGCAAAGGCAGUCAAAGCUGCCAUACUGCUCGGGAAAAUGCGGGCUUCUCUUGAGGAUAACAGUGAGUGGAGGCAGGAUAUCAAGAGCGCCGUGGAGAAGGCGUUGGGUAAGGAGAGAUCUCUGGAUGUGCAGAAGGCUUGGCGGGAGUGUCUGGGUCUUCUGUAGUUGGCAGUAGUUACAAUCCCUUGAAGGCUUAGACGGUUUUAAGGGCAGAGGGGGAGAGUGCUCGCAUUUUGUUUGAAUUAUGAGUUGACUCUAGAUAUAUAGAAAGCAUGUUACCGC